GGCAAAGGAGAGUUUGCGGUCUUCUUGGACCGCUGCAUCUCCAUCCAUGGCUGAUUCUCUGAAUCAAACAUGUAUAUUCUGUGUCGUAGACCAAUACAAGCCCAGCAAAAUACGAUAAUUUAUGUUUUCUUUUUCACAAGCAAUUUUUCAUGAAUAAUAGUAACUUUUAAAUCUUCAAUUUAAUUAAUUUUUUUUUUCUUGCAUGCUUUCGGGUCUGAGAAACAGUUAUUUAUGCUUACUCACCGCACACUAUCUCUGCUCACGCAGAGUUUGUUUCUCUUACACGCUUAAAAAAACCUUAAAAGGACACCCUCUGUGUCUCUAUCUCUCUCUCGCUUCGCUCUUUAUAGCUUCAUUGUGUUGUUUUCUUGCUACAUUGUGAGAAACUUGUCUUGACUCUUUCCUGCUGCCCUUCAAUCCUACUGCUAAUUCAGGAUUUGUCUUCAAAUCUCUCUCACUCAUUCACUCUCGUUGAGAAACUGUCUGUGAAGUCUUUUUAGGAAUAUUUGUAACUGCAUAGAAAUAGGCAUAUAAAUUUUGCAAAAUCUGGUUGCUCCCAUUUAAUGCCUAUUACCUCCAAACCGAAUUAGAUCGCUCCCCCCCCUCUAUAUAAAACCAUGGGCUCCCGCUAAUUUCAUCAGAUCACCUCUCCUCCCUUCAAACUUGUUCAUGCAGUUGUGCUUUAACUUCUUUUAAGGGGAAACAAAGUUCACUUUUCCAUAAAUGGACUCUCGCUAAAUUGCUUGAUUCCUGCUCUUUUCCCCUUUCUGUUUGCAAAGUUUGAAUCUUUUUGAAUACUAGGAUUCGGGGAUUUCGGGAAUUGAUUUUGUACCAUGUAAAUUGAUCUCAGAGCUCCAUUUUGCUUCUUGUUUUUGGCUCUGUGCAUUUUGAUUUGAAGUAGUUGAUGAUUAGAAACGUAUCUGUUUAGAUGUAAGUUGAGUAUUGGAUCAUGAUGGAUCUGGGCAUUAUUUCAGUCAACCGUUAGUUCAAUUCUCUCUGUUCUUGAUCAGUAAUGCAUUCAUUUCGUUAAAAUCGUUUCUGUUUCUGACACAGACAUGGAAUACAAGUAGGCCUAGGAAAAUUCUUGCAGAGCUAGACCAGUUUCUGUGUUUGAUCCCACUUCAUUCAUCGCUGACCGAUUCUUUUGUUCCUUUUAGUUGAACAAAUACAAACUAUUCUUUCCAAAUUUUAUUAGGAUGUAACAUUUUUUUGAAUUCUUGACAUAGUUUUAGUUGAUAUGGACCUCUUGAAAGGUCUCAAAGUAUACAUAGACUCAAAGAUAUGCCAACUCUUUACAAUAAUCAAGUAGCUUGUGUUCUUCUGCCCACAGCCUUUUAUAUGCAGAUAUAGGUUUAGUGAUAUUGGCCUCUCGAGUACCUUCUUGUUUGAGUUCAGUGUUGUUUCAUUUUCACUUGUCUUUGUUAGAGUAUACUUUGUGUGGGGAGUUUGGGUAUUUUCUCAUGGAGGAAACGUUUGUUCCCUUUCGUGGGAUUAAGAAUGAUCUCAAAGGAAGGCUUCUGUGCUACAAACAAGAUUGGAGCAGCGGGAUAGGCGCAGGUAUCAGGAUCUUGGCUCCAACAACAUAUAUAUUCUUUGCUUCCGCAAUUCCUGUUAUAUCUUUCGGUGUGCAGCUGGAGAGAAACACUAAUGGAACUUUAACAGCAGUGCAAACACUUGCAUCAACUGCAAUUUGUGGUGUGAUCCACUCUGUCAUAGGUGGACAGCCACUACUUAUACUUGGUGUAGCUGAGCCCACAGUUUUGAUGUACACUUUCAUGUUCGAUUUUGCCAAAGAUCGAAAAGAUUUGGGGGAGAAGUUGUUCUUAGCCUGGACAGCAUGGGUCUGUGUGUGGACAUCCAUUUUGCUUUUCUUGCUGGCUAUCUUAGGUGCUUGCUCUAUUAUCAAUCGGUUUACGCGUGUUGCUGGUGAAUUGUUUGGUCUUUUAAUCGCAAUGCUCUUUAUGCAGCAGGCAAUUCGUGGAGUUGUGGAGGAGUUUGGCAUUCCUAAGAGAGGAAACGAAAGUGCAACUGCUCUUUUACCUUCCUGGCGCUUUGGAAACGGAAUGUUUGCUUUGGUGCUUUCGUUUGGCCUUCUUCUUACUGCAUUGAGGAGUCGUAAGGCUAGAUCCUGGCGCUAUGGUGCAGGAUGGCUUAGAGGAUUUAUCGCGGACUAUGGUGUCCCAUUAAUGGUGCUUGUGUGGACUGGUGUGUCUUACAUACCAGCUAAUGAUGUUCCAAAAGGGAUACCGAGAAGGCUUAUUAGCCCAAAUCCGUGGUCAGCUGGUGCAUACGCGAACUGGACAGUUAUCAAGGACAUGGGGGAGUUGCCAUUACUUUAUAUCAUUGGAGCAUUUAUACCUGCCACUAUGAUAGCUGUGCUAUACUACUUUGAUCAUAGUGUUGCCUCUCAACUCGCGCAGCAGAAAGAGUUCAAUCUAAAGAAGCCGUCUUCUUAUCAUUAUGAUCUCCUUCUCUUGGGACUAUUGGUGAUAAUAUGUGGUCUCAUUGGCAUUCCUCCUGCCAAUGGAGUUAUUCCGCAGUCCCCAAUGCACACGAAAAGUUUGGCCACUCUGAAACAUCAGCUUUUGAGGAACAAGCUCGUAUCAACUGCUCGAGAUAGCAUCAGUAAAAACGCCAAUCUAUCUCAGCUGUAUAGAAGCAUGCAAGAAGCUUAUACGGAGAUGCAGACUCCACUCGUGUACCAAGCUCCAGCUUCUAUGGGACUAAAGGAGCUGAAAGAUUCAACCAUUCAGCGCGCAUCCACUAGUGGCUACAUGGAUGCGCCAGUUGAUGACGCCAUCUUUGAUGUGGACAAGGAUGUCGAUGAUCUUCUACCCGUGGAAGUUAAGGAGCAACGCCUCAGCAAUCUGCUUCAGGCCUUAAUGGUCGCAGGUUGUCUUGCCGCCAUGCCUCUCUUGAAAAAGAUCCCCACUUCAGUCCUCUGGGGCUACUUCGCCUUCAUGGCAAUUGAGAGCUUGCCAGGAAACCAGUUCUGGGAAAGAAUCUUGCUGCUUUUCACAGCUCCAAGUCGAAGAUACAUGGUGCUAGAGGAGUAUCAUGCGACCUUUGUGGAGACGGUGCCUUUCAAAACAAUCGCGCUCUUCACGUUGUUUCAGACAUUUUACUUACUCCUGUGCUUUGGAAUAACGUGGAUCCCCAUAGCCGGCGUCCUCUUCCCGUUGCUGAUCAUGCUUCUCGUUCCGGUGCGCCAAUAUCUGCUUCCCAAGUUCUUCAAAGGAGCUCAUCUGCAAGACUUGGAUGCUGCAGAGUAUGAAGAAGCCCCUGCCAUAAGCUACAACUUAUCCUAUGAUGGAGCAAGUCUCAAUUCAUGGCUACUUUUUAUGCAUUCAGGAACAAGGUAAUAGCAUCAAUCUUGACAGUGGUGAGUUGUUAGACGAGAUGAUUACAAGAAGUCGUGGCGAGAUACGCCAUGGCCGUAGCCCAAAGGUCACAAGUUCGACUCAGUCGCCUCUCGAGGAAAUGAAGUCCGUUUACAGUCCGCGGCUGCCAGAGAGGUUGAGAAGCCCGCAUCUUAGUGAGAUAAGAUCGGAGUUGAGCCCGAGGGUGGGUGGUAGAGAAGUAGAUAAGCGAACCCCGAGCCCUCUCGGGCAAACCAGCCGUGGAUCAACGUCUUCUUGAUCGACCUAUAUCUGUUACUUGUCGUUUUGGUGCUUGAGAGGGCCUUAUGUAGAAGAGACUUGAGUAAUAAUUUAGAUAUUUGGCUGUUCUAACAUGUGAGUUUUUGUGUUUACUGUCUUCUACAUUGUACAAUCUUCAACUCUCAUGGGCAGAAGACAAUUAAUCAUAAAAGUGGGAGAUAUUUAUUUCAA